AUGGACACGAUAGCAGUCGCCCCCAAGGCGUCGGCGCUGGCGUCGCCCAAGAUUGUCAAGAAUGCUAAGGGCAACAUCGUGCCUAGCAGCCAGAUGGCGCAUAUCGAGUAUGGCUGUGAGCACAUGGGCGAAAUGUUCGAAAACGCGCGCAAGCAGACGCUCCAGCACUACCGGGCCAUCCUCCAGAACAUCCACGAGAAACCAAGUAUAAUAGCCCAGACAUAUAAUGCGACAGCGGAUUCGAAGCCCAUAGUCUCACUAAGGCCAUUGUUCCUGUGCUUGCAGUGUCCCAACAUCAUGACCGAGACCGACCGCGAUCUACAUUUUGAGACCAAGUCGCACUGCUUCUCUGUUGAAUCGCGUGAUGGCAAUGUAUACUGCGGUAACUGUCAGGACUUUAUAUACGACGAGGCGCUGGAGAUUCUGAGGCUACAGAAGGGCAAGAAGCGAAAGUACGAAGACACGACCACGACCGAGGACCAUAAGCUUGUCAUCAGCAAUUCAACCUUUCUCCCCUGCCGAGCGAUAGGCCUGCGCGGUCUCUACAACAUGGGCCAGACAUGCUUCAUGAGCGUCAUCCUACAGACCCUCGUCCACAACCCUUUUAUACGCAACUUCUACCUCUCCGAAGGGCAUAAGCAAACAGACUGCGAGAAGGAGUCGUGCGUGAGCUGCGCGCUCGACGAAAUGUUUGUCGAGUUCCAUUCGGCUGAGAAGACAGAGGGCUUUGGCGCUGUCAGCAUGCUUAUGGGAAGCUGGCUAGCAGGAGAGGCUCUUGCAGGUUAUCAACAGCAAGACGCCCACGAGUACAUGCAGUUUAUACUCAACACGCUGCAUCUUGCGAACGGUGGAUCAACAGACGAUUCGGAGGACUGCAAAUGUAUUAUACAUCAGACGUUCUGUGGGAAGUUGUCAAGCACAGUAACAUGCGACAGCUGCCGAAACGUUACCACAGCACAAGAUCCUUACAUGGAUCUUAGUCUUGACGUACGGAUCCAGAGCAAGAAGCGAAAGAUGAAUGCCGAAAAGGGCGAAGAAACGCCCUUGGACCUCCGCGACUGUCUCGAGCGCUUUACCGCAAAAGAGAAACUCGGCUCAGCAGAAUACACAUGUAGGAAUUGUGACAGCCCGCAAAACGCCACCAAGCAACUCAGCAUCAAGCGAUUACCACCUGUCCUAUCCAUCCACCUCAAGCGCUUCGAGCACACCAAAUCCACAUCCUCCAAGAUUGAAACGCCCGUUCGCUUCCCAGUCAAGCUAGAUAUCUAUCCGUACACCGCUGCCCACAAGGCGGCUCUGCGCGCGGCAAAAGCAUCCGGUAUCCCCGUGACAAAUUACAACAUCAACAGCCCUGCCAACGCCCUCGUGUACGAGCUCAGCAGCGUCAUUGUGCACAAGGGCAAAAUGGACUCUGGGCACUAUAUCAGCUACAGCCGCGAAGGAAGUGAUUGGUUCAUGUUUGACGAUAGCAAGGUCGUGCUUGUCAGUGAGGCCGAGGUUCUCGCUGCCGAGGCUUAUUUGCUGUUCUACAUGGUUGGAGGCCUUGAGGUCUGA